AUGACUGAGAUGUCCAAAGAAAAUAGUUUUUGUGCUGGAACUUCAUCGUCUGCAACAAUAUUCCCUACCGCACCUUCGCCUUCUAUAUCUGAACAUUCAGCUCUGCUGGAUAAGGAAGGCGCAUCGGUGGGAUGCAGUCCUGCUCCAUCAAACUGUUCGGUUCUCAGUGAACAAGAACCGACUGAUAUGGGUCCAAACAGUCGCCAAUCUCCAUUUUUGUCUAUCAAUCAGGCGUCUCCGUCAAAUUCUUACUCAUUUUUUCCCCGUCCUGAAGGUUUAAAUACAUCGAUGCCCGAUUCCGAAACGUCAUCGCGCUCCUCUAUGGACGGCAUCAGUUUCUCUAAAAAUAUGUUCAGAAAAAGAAAAAACUCCUCGGACUCUGACAGUUCAGAGGGAAGUGGUGUAACUGGUGGAGGUGAAUCAGUCGAUGGAGAUGAGUCUAAUUCCCGCAAGAAUAGUAGGACGAGGGCUGCAGAUGAUAAUGUGAUAGUUCCGGGUAGGGGCGCUGAUGCUCCAAGGGGUAGGAUAGCUCAUAUUCGUAGGGAAAGUGCUAUUGAAACAGAGGUUGCUCACGAAUGUCUAGUAAAAGUAUCUCAAAAAGUUUCAACAGGUUUCGAUGAGUUUGUUAUUGAUCAGAAUCAAAAGGAUUUACGAAAGCGUACACCCUCCACUACUUCAGUUGGAGAACCAAUAACCAUAGUUACUAAUUCUUUUCUUCCUCAUAGUUGUUCACCUAGUCCUACACGGUUACCUGAUGCCCAUAAACAAUGCUAUUCUCCUUCAACACAGCAAAUGGUCCGACCAAAUAUUCCCUACUCCCCCAAUCCUAGUCCAACGCAAAGUCCUACUAGGAACAGAUUAUUGAGAAGUUUGUCUCCUAGUACAAGUACGCGCCCCCUGAAAAGACGCUAUACACCUAGCUGCGUUGUUGAAGAUACUGAUGUUAAAAGAAAUUUUCUCCGGAAUAGUACUUCUCCUCUAGUCACCGAUAGUACCUUUCCUUAUCCUACAACUUCACAACCUCAAGAGUUUGUGCAACCUCACAUGGUAUCGAUCAGUCCAAGUCCUUUAAAUCCUUCAAGAAAACCCUUUCUAUUCGACUCAGAUUAUUUGAGGAGAACGAGCUUAGACUCUAUGUCUGAUGACCAAAAAAGCGUUCGAGAUCCUGAUGAAAUAAGUGAACCAUCAAGCAUCCAACAGUGUGACCAAGAAGAAUCCAUGGAUACAGAAGUGUCGAACGAAGUUGAUAAGUCUUCCUCGAUAAGUGACGAGAAAUCAACCGACGAUGCUACAGAAUCAAAUUCUGGAAUGCAAGACGUCGAGCUAGAGGCUAUCAAUGCCCCUCUCCCAGAUGAUGACGACGAUGAUUUGUAA